AUGGUUACCAAAUCAUUCGACACCCGUAUAGUCCAUGAACUUUGCUCAAAAGAUCAACUAGAUCUGCUCGACUCUGUAGAUCGUCUACGCUCUCAGGGAAUCGACCAUUAUGUCUCUCUACCACAGAUCAUCGUUUGCGGCGAUCAGUCUUCCGGCAAAAGCUCUGUCCUUGAAGCUAUCUCUGGUGUCUCUUUUCCGGUCAAGAGCAAUUUAUGCACACGUUUUCCAACCGAGUUAGUCUUACGAAAGACAUUAAAAAUAGGUGUCAGCGUCUCCAUCGUUCCAGAUCGCUCGCGUAGCAGAGUAGAGCGUGAAUCUCUUAGCAGUUUCCAUGAGACGCUCGACAGCUUCACUGCGCUCCCAACAUUGAUCGAGAAUGCUAAAACAGCCAUGGCCAUUGGUAGUCUGGGUCGAGCUUUUUCGAAGGAUUUCUUACGGGUUGAAGUGUCGGGCUCUGAUCGACCGCAUCUUACGAUCGUAGACUUGCCUGGCCUUAUCGAUUCAGAGACGAAGCAGCAAUCUGCAGCUGAUAUCGAACUUGUACAAGAUGUCGUCAAGUCGUACAUGAAAGAGCCCAGGAGCAUUAUCCUCGCGGUUGUAUCAGCAAAGAACGAUUACGCCAACCAGGUUGUGCUGAAGCUCGCCCGAGCUGCCGACAGAACCGGAACUCGCACGCUUGGUGUGAUCACCAAGCCUGACACUCUGAGUCCAGGAUCUGACAGCGAAGCCAUGUACAUCUCGCUCGCUAAGAACUUUGAUGUGGAGUUUCGUCUUGGAUGGCACGUUCUCAAGAAUAUGGAUUCGGAAUCUGGAUCCGGGGCACGUUCAAAUCGUGAUGAGGAGGAAAGUCAUUUCUUUUCCAAAGGUAUAUGGCCCACGCUGCCCGAGUCCAUCCUCGGUAUCGUACCGUUGAGAGAGCGACUGAGCAAAGUACUUCUUGUCCAGAUCGCAGCGGAACUCCCGGGUCUUGUGGAUGAGAUCGAACUCAAGUCUGCUACUUGUCGCACUGAACUCCAAAAACUGGGCCAGCGCCGGGCUAGUAUCGAAGAACAACGUCGAUUUCUUGUCACUCUCAGCCAAUCAUGCCAGGCCCUUACCAAAGCCGCUGUUGACGGGACCUACAACGACGACUUCUUCGGUAACGCGAAAACUGACGCUGGCUACCAGAAACGCAUUCGUGCUGUGGUACAGAACCUCAAUCAGGCCUUUUCAGAGACAAUGGCACGCGAGGGACACCGCUUUGUCAUCACCGACUCUUCGGAUGCAAGUCUUCUACAAGCUAGUAGACCGAAGGAAAAUAUCCUUAGCCGGUCAGAGUUCCUCGAGCGUAUCGAGUCCCUCAUGAACCGUACCCGUGGCCGCGAACUCCCUGGCACCUUCAACCCCAUGAUGGUAUCAGACCUCUUCUUCGAUCAGUCAUCGCCCGGGGAAGAGUUUGCGAGAGCUCACAUUGUACAAGUCGUCUCCCUUAAACGCUUCGUGGACGACAUUGCUGUUGAAGCUGUAGAAAAAGAUAUCAUCGCUAAACUCAGCGAUAUCGUUUCGCCGAUCAGGAUCACCUCUCUUGCCUCUGAUGUGGUGACAGAUAUCGCAGGCGAGUCCAAGGAGAGCCGAGCAAAGCGUAGCCAGUUGGAAAUACAGCUGGUCGUGCUAGUUCAGGGAUUAGAUACGUGUAAAAGAUUCAUGGUGAAAACGCUACAAGAUACACCAGAUACACCGACCCUCCGACAUAGCGUUAGAGAUUCUUUGUCGAACAUGUCUUUAAACCUUCUUUCCACUGAACCUCACGGACAUGUCACCAACGAUGGAUUAGAAGAAGUUGGCAUAUCUCAUCACGAAGCCCAUGAUGAGUGGACCUUGCCAACAGAACACGAAGCAGUAUCAAAACGAGAAUCUGAGUCUCUUGAGGAUGAGGAUUUCGCUGGGCCUAUGGAUGAGUCGACGACUGACUCAUGGGCUUCUUCGUCAGCGAAAGUUUCAUGUGACAAGAAGAAGACGAAGAAGAAGAAAGGAAAGAAACAGGCAUAUGAAUCUGAAUAA